GAAGAAAAUUUUUGAUUAGUCGCAGGCGCAGCCAUUGUCAACUCUCCCUUCCCAUCUCUCUCCCUCUGCAACUCUCUCUCUCUCUCUCUCUCUCUCUCUCUCUCUUUCACAGAACCCAGAUGUUCUCUUUCUCUCUCCCUUCCUCUUUCUUUACAAAAUUUAUCUCUUUCUUAAAUUCACUCUCAAAUUUUCUUCUCUUUUUGUAGAAUGAUGCAUCAAUCUCCUGCCAUUUCUUGUUCUUUAAUUACACUGUAUCUCUAAUUUUCUCCCUGCAUUUCAUAUGAUUCUAAUCUUACUUGUUUCUUUUCCCAUCAAUUUCUGAUUCUCUUCCCCGUCAAUUUACUUUGAUCCACCCUAUCUCACGAAACUUUGCUGACCCAAAUUCCCAAAUCUUCUUCUUAGUCUUCUCUAUAUCGAAAUUCAUAAUCUUGCAAGUUCUUUAUCUCUUUUUCUCUUUCUUGAUUGUUGUAAAGUGGGUUUUGGUUUAAAAGGAAAUGAGGGAUGUUCUCGUGGCUGGCAAGGGUAGCAAUGGCGUGUUGGAGACCGGUCAGUCGAUAUGCCCGUAUGAGCAAGGAUGAUAGUAUCAAUAAUGAUGAUGAUGAUUCUUCCAUCGGUGACUCGCUUCUCUGGUCCAAAGACCUUGAGAAACACUCUUAUGGGGAAUUCUCUUUUGCUGUGGUUCAAGCCAAUGAGAUCAUUGAAGACCACAGCCAAGUGGAAAUUGGCCGCGAUGCCACCUUUGUUGGAGUUUAUGAUGGGCAUGGUGGGCCUGAGGCCUCUAGGUUCAUUUGUGAUCAUCUGUUCAAAAAUCUCAUGAGGCUUUCUAGAGAAAGAGGAACCAUGUCCGAAGAAAUCCUUAGAAGUGCCUUCUCUGCAACUGAGGAUGGAUUUCUUACUCUUGUAAGAAGGACUUGUGGAAUAAAACCAUUGAUUGCAGCAGUUGGAUCUUGUUGUUUGGUUGGAGUUAUAUGGAGAGGAACAUUAUAUGUUGCCAAUCUGGGCGAUUCUCGAGCUGUAAUUGGUUGUUUAGGAAGAUCUAAUAAGAUAGUUGCUGAGCAGUUGACUAAGGAUCAUAAUGCUUGUUUAGAAGAGGUUAGACAAGAGCUUAAAUCCUUACAUCCAGAUGAUUCGCAUAUUGUAGUUAUGAAGAAUGGCGUUUGGCGUAUCAAAGGCAUUAUUCAGGUAUCUAGAUCUAUAGGUGAUGCAUACUUGAAGAGGCCAGAGUUUUCACUUGAUCCUUCAUUUCCACGAUUUCACCUUCCUGAUCCCAUUCGCCGCCCUGUGCUAACAUCAGACCCAUCAAUAUGCUCAAGAGUUUUACGAGCUGACGAUAAAUUUCUCAUAUUUGCAUCGGAUGGGCUUUGGGAACACUUGACAAACAAGGAAGCUGUGGAGAUUGUGUACAACUAUCCACGUGCUGGAAUCGCAAAAAGGCUUGUUAAAACAGCUCUAAAAGAGGCAGCUAAGAAGAGGGAGAUCAUGUAUGAUGAUCUUAAGAAAAUUGAUAAAGGAAGCAGGCGGCUUUUUCACGAUGAUAUAACAGUGAUUGUCAUCUUCAUAGACCAUGAAUUGCUGAGUGAAAAUAUAUCUGUACCAGAGGUAUCAAUAAGGGGUUUUGUUGACUCUGUUGGACCAUCAAAUUUUAACAUUCUCCAUGGAAUUUGAAGCCAUUACAAAGAAAAACUCUCUCUUUCUCUUAUUUUCCUAGAGUUUUCUCUUUCAAGAUCUAUUAUAGCUGAUUUCUUUUGAACUUUGAAGAAGCAGCUGAUAUUUUUUGUGUUUAACAUGCUGGACUUUUGUGUAUACUCAAGUUUGUAAAAUUCACACACGGUGUUUGAAUAAUUUUGUGAUUGUCUUGUUCUUCA